AUGUCAAGCUUCGUCGCUGUUGCAGGUGCAGCAGGUAAUCUGGGCUCUCAAAUUGCCCUUGAUCUACGCAGGAGAAAUAUAGCUGUCAAAGCUCUUGUACGUCCCGGCACCGCAGCAUCCCGCACCCAAAAAUUGCAAGACGCUGGCGUCAAUAUAGUAGAAGUCGACAUGAACGAUGUUCCAGCUAUCCUGAAAGCCGUCUCAGGUGCCACAACAGUCGUUUCAGCACUUCAGGGUCUCAGAGAAGUUAUGCUAGGUGUUCAGGGAAGACUUCUCGAGGCUUCUGUUGCUGCGGAUGUACAGCGAUUCAUUCCGUCCGAUUUCGCUUUGGAUUUUACCAAGUGCAUGCCGGGGUCCAACAGAAAUCUCGAUCUUCGUCGUGAAUUCCACACCAAGCUUGAUGCAUCGGGUAUUCGCUGGACGAGUGUGUUGAAUGGUGGCUUCAUGGAACUCCUCACAACUGGUCAAAUGCCAGUUAUCAACGAUAAAUGGCACCGGAUUUUCUAUUUCGGCAGCGUGGAUCAGAAACUAGAUUACACGUUAAUUCCAGACGUAGCUGCUUAUACAGCUGCUGUAGCUGCGGAUCCAAAUCCAACACCAAAAUUCUUACGUAUUGCGGGUAGCUCGGUCAAUGCAAAAGAUUUGGCUGCUGUCGUCACUAAGGUUCGUGGUGAGGAGUAUAGGCCGAUGUGGACAGGAAGUAUUGGAUUCCUUCGGGUGUUUAUUUCGAUCUUGAAGUUCGUGAUCGGGGGAGAGGAAACGAGUGUAUUCCCUCCUUGGCAGGGGAUGCAGUAUGUGGAAAAUAUGGUCUCUGGAAAAGGAAAAUUGGAUCCUAUUGAUAAUGAUAGGUAUCCGGAUUUGAAUUGGACGACUAUUGAGAAAGCUCUAGCAGAGGCGGAUGCGGAAAGAAAGAAGAGCAAGUCGCUUUGA